GAACACUCCGGAGUCCAAGACUAAACGAGCAGGGAGGAAUCUGGCCAAUUCUAUCCCAGUCUCAUGAACGCCCACUGAUAUCCAAAACCCAGGGCGACCCCUCCGUAUCCCGAAUGAGUGAUCUCUCCCAGGGGAGCGAAUAACUGCAGUAUCUGUAACAGCUGUAAGAAAACUGAGCCUCACUACCAAUAAUAUCAAUCAGCAUUCCUUUGAAGAACUGCAUGGACACUAGUGGUGAAGACUAGUUUAGACUUGCCUGCCUAAUGAAAUCCACUUCCAAACACUUAUUUUUAAGGAAGUAAUAAUGAGCCAGUUAUAAGUUCACCCAAAAGGGGGUCAGAGGUGAACAACAAUUACCAGAUGGAAAAAAAGCUUCUCAGUCACUGCCUGCAAGGAGAUGUGAGUGAUGGGAAGGAGUGAUACAAGUCAGGUUCAGGAGGAAGAAAACAACAAGUCUGGCUGUAGCUAGUUUAAGAAAAAGCUAAAAAGUGAUACUGUGGUGUGAGGUCUACUAUAGAUUGCAAACCAAGAAGAAGAGGUGAAUGAUGCAUUCUUCAACCAGUGACCUGAAAGUGAUGUAACACAGCAAGAAAUACCCAAAUGUCCUCAAUGAAGUAAGACAACAGUUAUUAUUUAUGGGAAAACUUAGGAGCCCCGUGUCAUGUAGCAGGACCCCACUGAGCCAACAGUACAUUUCAGAUGAGGCUUUGUUUUAAAAGAACAAUAUUAGGUGCAAGAAGCAUAAUCAGGACUAUGAUUGCAAGGCCUGGCGAGGAAGUGGUUGGACAGGUGACCCAGGCUACAGACUGCAUAAAGCUAGAACCAUGGCUGAGGACCAGGACUAACUCUAAUCUACCAGAGCAAAAGAGGUCCAAAUCACGGAGUCUGAGAAGAAGCCCUGCAGCACCAGGCACCAAAGCUAAGUUAUUUUGGUUAUGUGUUUAUUUUUUAUCAUCAUGGGUGGGGAUGGGGGAUUUCCGCCAGGCUAGAGAAAAUAAUUUAGUUUGGAAGUAGCCUUCUUGUACCUAUGUUUAUGUUUGCAACCAGAGGACCAGAAGCAGCUUCAAGGGGAGGCUUGGAGGCUGUAGGGAGCACCUAGAGAUGAGCUGCUGCUUUGCUAGAGGUCCAGACUGAGGAUUGAGGAGCAGAGCCUGCAACCAAACAGACUGUUUGCAUAAGCCCUGACCCCAAAGAGACAGAGAGUGAAAGAGGGCCUGAAGCCGAAAGACUGUGUGCACAAGCCCUAGGCUGAAAUGAAAUCUUAAUGAAAUAUCAUUUCAAGGAACAAUCGUGAUUUCAACAUGCCUUUCCAUGUGGAGGGGCUGGUAGCUAUAAUUGUGUUCUACUUGGCAAUCCUGCUUGUUGGAAUAUGGGCUGCCUGGAAAACCAAAAAUAUUGGCAGCAGUGGAGACCGCAGCGAAGCCAUUAUAGUCGGUGGAAGAGAUAUAGGCUUGCUAGUCGGUGGAUUUACAAUGACCGCCACUUGGGUUGGAGGAGGCUACAUCAAUGGGACCGCAGAGGUUGUGUAUGUCCCAGGCUAUGGGCUGGCUUGGGCACAGGCACCCAUUGGAUAUUCCCUUAGCCUGAUUUUAGGUGGUCUGUUUUUUGCAAAACCUAUGCGUUCCAAAGGCUAUGUUACAAUGUUAGACCCUUUCCAGCAGAUGUAUGGAAAACGAAUGGGAGGGCUGUUGUUUAUCCCUGCAUUAAUGGGAGAAAUGUUCUGGGCUGCCGCCAUAUUUUCUGCAUUAGGUAAGGAAAUAAGUGUGAUAAUUGAUAUAAAUAUCAAUAUUUCAGUUAUUGUUUCUGCUCUGAUUGCAACGAUGUACACUGUAGUGGGUGGACUGUACUCAGUUGCCUACACUGAUGUGGUUCAGCUCUUCUGCAUCUUCCUGGGGCUGUGGAUCAGUGUUCCUUUUGCAAUGUUGCAUCCUGCAGUUGAAGACAUUGGGCGCACAGCUGUGAAGAAAGUACACCAGGAACCUUGGCUUGGAAAUAUAAAAUCACUUGAUGUCUAUACCUGGAUUGACAAUUUCCUUUUAUUGAUGUUGGGAGGAAUCCCAUGGCAAGCAUACUUUCAGCGAGUUCUUUCUUCAUCUUCUGCCAUGUAUGCUCAAGUAUUAUCAUUUCUGGCUGCUUUUGGCUGUCUUGUGAUGGCUCUUCCAGCAAUACUCAUUGGGGCAAUCGGAGCAUCAACAAAUUGGAACCAGACUGAGUAUGGUGCUAUAGAACCCUGGAGAAGACAAGAAGCAGAUAUGAUUUUACCAAUUGUGCUUCAGUAUCUUUGUCCUGUCUAUAUUUCCUUCUUUGGUCUUGGUGCAGUAUCUGCUGCUGUGAUGUCAUCAGCUGAUUCUUCAAUCUUAUCAGCAAGUUCUAUGUUUGCUCGGAACAUUUAUCAACUUUCGUUUCGUCAAAACGCUUCAGACAAGGAAAUAGUAUGGGUGAUGCGAAUCACUGUUUUUGUGUUUGGAGCAUCAGCAACAGCAAUGGCGCUGCUAGCUAAGUCAGUAUAUGGACUCUGGUACCUCAGUUCUGAUCUCGUUUACAUCAUCAUCUUCCCCCAACUGUUAUGUGUCUUAUUUAUUAAAGGAACCAACACUUAUGGGGCGAUUACAGGAUAUUUGUUUGGCCUCUUUCUCAGAAUAACAGGAGGAGAACCCUACCUUUACCUUCAGCCCUUGAUCAUCUAUCCUGGUUGUUAUAUCGAUGAAAGUGGUAUCUAUGUCCAGCGAUUCCCAUUUAAAACACUCGCCAUGCUUACUUCUUUCCUUACUAACAUUGCUGUCUCAUACCUAGCAAAGUACUUAUUUGAAAGUGGUACUUUGCCACCAAAAUUAGACUUCCUUGAUGCUGUUGUUGCAAAGUACAGUAAGGAACACAUGGACAAAACAACUCUUGUAAAAAAUGACAAUAUUAUAUUAAAUGAACUUGCACCCGUGAAUCCUCGUCACAGUCUAACUCUGAACUCAACUUUCACUAAUAAAGAUGCUUUCAGUGAUAUAGAUUCAAGCCCAGAGGCACCCAAUGCUAAAGAUAAUUAA